AUGAUUGAACAGGCGAUGGAUUCUGUAGCUGACUCAUCUUCGCCAAUUUCCGUUUCCCCACAUGUGUCGCCAACAUGUUCAUCGAUCGAUCAAAGCGAAAUGGACGUUGAAUUUAAUAAAGCGAGCGACAUUGAAGCGCGAGAUAUUUCUCAAUAUUCGGAUUUUGUAUUCCACGAGUACAUUGAUCAAUUCGAAGAUAAUUACUACGAUAAUACCAAAAGUUACACUCCCGCAUUCGCCCAAACUCCAAUUGAAGAUACUUAUGUUAUUCCAAUGAUCGAACAGCAGCCUGUUUGCACCACAACCCAGUCAAGCUAUCUAACAUUUCAACAACCACAUCAACAAAUGCCCGUUCUGUUACCAGCAACUUUGAUUCAAAAUUACAUACUUUGUCCGAUAACCAAUUCUUCCUCAAUAUUAUCAAGCGAUUUCUUUAACACAUCUGCUGCCACCUUUUUUACGUCACCUCUAACCAAAACUGCAUCUUCAGCCAUAUUUAAUCCAUUAAUUCUCGCGUCACAACAAACACAGCAGUCUUUGAACGAAAUAGAUAAAAAUGCAAGAAUAGAAUUAAAGAGGAAAAGGUCUGGACACGUAGAGGCAAACAAACGCUUGCAAAAUGCAACAUUGGCUGAAAACAAGGAGUUUGAGAAAAGAUUGCAUGACGCGUUAGAACAAGAAAAACAACCAUCAUUUCAAGAAAAUAAUAUUCAAGCCGAGAUGCUCAACUCUCAAGAAGGAUCGAAUUCAUUACAGGCUCCAACUCUAUUCGAGAGUACGCACGCAAUGCUUAGCAAACAACAAACGACACUUUCUUCAAAUGUUACAUCACCUUCCACACCUUCUUUUUCUUGCGGGGACUGUCCCACAUCUUGUAUAUUCACUAUAGACAACGACUUAAGCAUAUCACUUGCUCAUAGAGAUAAUCGCAUCACCGAUGAAACGGAUAAAACUUGUCUUGAUGGAAAGACUGAGGACAAAAAUGAGGAAAAGCAACAGGAGAACGAAGAGAUUUCGAGAAAAGAAAAAGACGAAUAUGAUCAUUUGAGCAGUGAAAGUGACGUGACCAAGUCCGAGUUGAAAGAUAAUGCGUUUAACCAAUUGGACAUACGUGAUAUCGCGGAUAACAAUAACUUAAGUGGUUGUAUUUCGGACGGUGGCUCAAAUCACAUAGAGGUAGAUUUUCCUAGUCUACAUUUGCUCGGUAAGCGCGUACACCCAAUACGUCUGUCUGUUUCCAUCCUCGCUACGUACUUUUUCAUCGUCUUAAUAAUGAUUCCUCUUUUAAACACGUCAAUAGCAUCCUCACUACGGACAUCAUCGUCCACACCGCCAUUCCCUAUCGUUCCAUUCUCUCCUUCUAUUUCUGUUACAAAAUCCCCAAAGACACCAUCGAAAAUAACACCAACGGCAUCAUUGACGGACGCUCAACCACGCAAGCAAGUGCUCCGUCAUCCGGGAGAUUUGUAUACACCUCAAUGGGUGAGAUAUACGGGUCGUUUUAAAGAAGGUUUAUGUGAAAUUUGUGAUCCUGGGAAAUGGUUGCAGUUGAAGAACAGUGCGUUUUGGUACCAUAAACAAUUUUUCCACGGUAUAUCCUCUACAUCCGGUGGUCCCUUUCUACCUCCAAUUGACACGCGCACCAUACUUAUUGAUACCACCGAAGGUCUCUGCCAUCAGUGUAGUAAGUGGAUUCCAUUGAGGAGUAGCAAGCGAAAGAGUUCAAUGUCAUGGUAUCGUCAUGCAUACAAAUGUCAUAUUUACAUUAAGCCCAAGAAGAAUAAUGGUGGGGUGAGCACGAACGUACGAGCGGACGAAGAAAACGGAAAUAUAGCAUAA